AUGAAACACAACGAUUGUGUCGACUGUUUGUGUGAUAUAAAGCGAAAAGUUUUUGAUAAACAACUCUUGUAUACGAAGAAUAUAAAAGAGAUCUCUUUGACUGACGAGGAAGUGUCCGACAGUGACAACGAAGGGAUACCUCCGCACAAGUGUCCAGCGAUUGAUUACGAAUCAAUUGUGACACCAAUUAAGACAAAGACUUUGCCGUCAGAACAAACCGGUGAUCAUUGUUUGGACGAUCGGCUCAACAAUAACAGUGACACCGAUUGCCAUCAAAAGUCAUACUCAAAGACAUCACUGAUCGAUGAUUUGUUACAUUUGUUUGCAUUAAAACUUCACAUUAACUUUGAUUUCAUUCACGAGCGAUAUCUCCAGUACUCGAGACAAUCGCCAUCCGAAAGGGAUUCAACGAAGACUGACUACACGUACGCUCAGAGCUAUAGCUAUAAUCGGCGUAUAGAGCGGUCAAAGCUGUUUGACUGGUCGGUGCCAAACAUGUCUCGUAAGAGUAUCAUAACGUCGGCGAAGAGCGUGUCCUCGAAGUCGACGUCGAGUACGCUAUCGAAACUGGAACUCAUCAACAAUUCCAUCAAUUCAUCCGAAACUAUGUCUACGGCUGACUCCGAGAGGGACUGUUCCCAACGCGAGCGCGAAGACUUUGCCGCUUACGACGCCGUCCAUAACGUACGCAAACAGUUUGUGGACGCGUUGCACAAAGAGUUCGGCCAAGAAUUGGGUUUGAGUUACGCCAUCGGCGGUCAGAUAUCGUUCGACUGUUUCCCGAAGGGUUGGGACAAAACCUAUUGUCUCCGUUUUGUGGAGAAAGACUUCGAAAAGAUCUACUUCUUCGGCGAUAAGACCACUCCCGGCGGCAACGACUACGAGAUCUAUACCGACCCGCGAACCAUCGGCUACGCUGUCAAGAGUCCCGAUCACACCAAACAGAUAAUCAAACAAUUGAACUUCUGA